AUGGCUUCAGCAAUAACUUCUGCAACUGUUCGGAAUGUAAUCCAAUCAAAUAUCGAUAAAUAUGCGGAAGGAAUGCAUCAUGCAAAAAAUGCAUUGCAAGAUAUGAUGGAACUGGUCAACAUGCCCGAUUUCGAGAAUCAUGAGGGAUGGAAUCAGAAAAGUGUUAACAAAAAUGAUAUUGUAUACUCAAAGCAUUAUGCAAUUGGAAAAGUUUUCACCAUGAGGACUACAUUCGAUUUCCCACUACAGGCAUCUUUUGCGGAACAUUGGGAAAACUUUGCCGACAUUGCGAAAUACAAUAAAAAUAUCUCGGAUGUUAAGAUUAUUGCUGAAUUGGCAUCCAAUAUGGAUGUCGUUUAUUAUGCAAUGAAAGAUUUUGCAAAAAUCAAGGGUCGAGAGUUUCUGAUGUGUCGUACAUUCCGCAGUUCUGGUGAUGAAAUUCUUGAAGCGGCACGAAGCUUCGAUUUCAAAGGUGGCGAGCUCGAUCCCCAAAAAAUUCGAGGGCAUGUAAUACUUGCUGGUGGACGUUUCCGGGUUUGUCCUAAAGAUUCAGCAAAAACGGAAGUGGAUUACGUGGUGUGCGUCGAUUUUAAGGAAAAAAAUAUUCCGAAAAUUAUUAUGGAUGCUGCAUUAAGUACACUUAUCACGCAAGAUGCCGAAUAUACUCGGAAACAAAUUGCAAAGCUGAAAGAGGAAGCAGUAUGA